AUGGAGGAAAAUGUGCCACUAUUCAGCGCUGAAGACUGCGCACGGAUCACAGCUAAUGGUACCUGUCACUGCGUACGCGAUAUAUAUAAUGCGACCGAAAUCAAAUGUGCUAUGUCCUCAGUAAAUAUAUCAGUGAGCAAUGAUAACGGUGUGGAAAUCAACUGCGGCAGUGACUUUCAGCUGAAAACGCUAACAAGUUUACCACAACUGGGCGCGCUACGAGAAACCAGACACACUGCGACAUACAAUUGCACGCACGUCACUGAGCUGCUGGCACAAAUGGCGCUAACGCCGAGAUCAACGCUAAAUGUGCACGGUUUACAGAUGCCACAAAUAACAUUGGAACUGCUCGGACGUGAGCUCAAUCGUUUGCGUGGCGUAACCGUAUUGGAUUUAUGCGCUGAUACGAUCCCACCAAAGCUGAAUGAGUUAAAGUUAAUGCGACAGCAGCUAUCUAGUGACAUACUCACACCAAUGUCCAAACUUUUUCGUCUCACCAUCGACUUGAAUUUCACGGAGCUGCCGACUGAUCUCUUCAAACCGGUGCCAAAUAUUAAUGACAUAUCUUUAAACGGCGAACUGUUGACAUUUCCUAGUGAUGCCUUCCGGCAUUUACGUCGUCUACGCGAGCUCUCCUUGCGACGCCAUCAUUUCGAGCAGCGUUUGGGUGAAAAUAUAUUUGAGAAUCUAACCACGAUUAGAGGAUUAUAUAUGAUUAAUUGCAGCAUAACCGUGCUGCCGGCGCAAAUAUUUGCGCCACUGCGAACGCUAAGGUAUUUGAAUUUAAUGGACAAUCAAUUGAGUGAGCUGCCGCCUCAACUGUUGGUGCGCCAGCAGAGUCUACAAACAUUAAAUUUGAAUGGUAAUCGUAUAGAAGCGAUACCGCUGGGAUUUUUCAAUGGAACCACCAGGCUGCUGAAACUAAAAUUGAGUCGCAAUCGUUUGCGUCACUUGGCUGCCAGUGGAUUGCCGCCCUUGACGUCCUUAAUCGAAUUAUGGGUGGACAGCAAUGAGUUACGCACAAUUGCGACGCGUACAUUCAGCCAACCCAAUCGUUUAAUAAUGCUCGAACUUAGCAAUAAUCAACUCAAUUGGGCAGCUGGUGAAGACUGUGCCAUUUUCGAAGGUUUGCAACGCCUACAACGUCUACUCUUGAGCAAUAACUCUUUGCAUUAUCUAUGCGAUCGGUUGGGCUCCAGCAAUCACUCUACCAGUGCGCUCUCCGUGCUCGAUGUACGUCAAAAUCAACUAAAACUAAUCGCUCCACAAUUAAUUGAAACGCUGAAUACGAGUGAGUCCUGCAAGACCGUCUACCUCUCGGAGAAUCCAUGGGCUUGUAACUGUAGCGCUCAGCCAUUACUAAACUUUGUGAAGAACAAUCGCCAGCGGUUGCAGGAUACCGAUGUCAUCCGCUGUGAUAAUCCACAGUUGGCGCGCCUACUCGAGCUCUCCUUUCGCGACUUUUGCCUACCAGAGAUCGGUGUGCGUACCGUUGUGGUGAUCGUAUUGGCUUGUCUAAUCACUUUGGGUCUAACACUCACCACGACCGCGCUGUGUUACUACAAAUAUCGCAUCGAAUUGAAAAUCUGGUUGUAUGCACAUCGCCUGUGCUUGUGUUGUGUGAGUGAGCGUGAUGUGGAUCGUGAUCGCAAAUGGGACGCCUUCAUCUCCUACUCACAUCACGAUGAAGAAUUUGUGGAGAAGAAGCUGGUGCCGGGCUUGGAGCAGGGCACACCGCCUUUCAAGAUCUGUAUACAUGUACGUGAUUGGCUGGCUGGCGCUUAUAUACCCGAACAGAUUAUUGACUCCGUCGAGCAGUCGCGUCGUACAAUUAUUGUGUUAUCACAGCAUUUCAUCGAAUCGGAUUGGGCUCAGAUGGAGUUUCGCACGGCACAUCAGUGUGCCGUGAAUGAGGGUCGCUCGCGUAUAAUACUUGUGCUUUAUGGGGAAAUAAAAGAAACGGAGCUGUUGGAUCAAGAUCUGAAAGCCUAUUUGAAGAUGAACACCUAUCUAAAGUGGGGAGAUCCCUGGUUCUGGCGUAAACUACGGUAUGCAAUGCCGCAUGCACACGGGCGCGGCAACAGUACACAUGAGUUAGAGAAUAUUUAGACAUAACUAAAAAUAAUACUAAAUAUUUGGUUCAAAAAUAUAUUGCUUAAGUCUUACUUUCUCAGCUUUAGUAUUUGGAAACCUAACAUCUUAUUAUAAUA